AUGGCCUCCUCAUUCAUACGGAUUGCCGCCCGACCGUCGGCCGCUAGAUUCCUUCCCCGGUUUGCGUCGACCGCACGAUGCCUCGCGACAACGCCACCACGGAGGGCGGAAGCUGAGUACCAGCGAACAACCUUAACGGAGUCGAUCCCGAACCCCUCGAUGGGGUUCCGGGAAGUCAAGUCUGACCCCGAGACGUCGCCGGAGAACCGGAAGAUCAGACACUACACCGUCAAUUUCGGUCCUCAACAUCCCGCUGCUCACGGUGUGUUGCGGUUGAUUCUGGAACUCAACGGAGAGGAGAUCUUGCGGAGCGACCCUCACGUCGGACUGCUGCACCGAGGAACGGAGAAGUUGAUUGAGUACAAGACAUACCUUCAAGCUCUUCCAUACUUUGACCGUCUCGAUUACGUCUCCAUGAUGACCAACGAACAAUGUUACUCUCUUGCCGUCGAGAAGCUGCUCAACGUCGAGAUCCCCGACAGAGCCAAGUGGAUCCGUACCCUAUUCGGAGAGAUCACCCGUAUCCUUAACCACCUCAUGUCCAUCCUGUCCCACGCCAUGGACGUUGGUGCAUUGACCCCCUUCCUGUGGGGUUUCGAAGAGCGUGAGAAGCUGAUGGAAUUCUACGAGCGUGUGUCUGGUGCCCGUCUGCACGCCGCGUACGUGCGUCCCGGCGGUGUCCACCAGGAUCUCCCCAUCGGUCUCCUCGACGAUAUCUUCCAGUGGGCCACUCAGUUCGGUGACCGCAUCGAUGAGGUGGAGGAGAUGCUUACCGACAACCGCAUCUGGAAGGCGCGUACCAUCGGAAUCGGUGUUGUCAGCGCUGCCGAAGCUCUCAACUACGGUUUCUCGGGUGUCAUGCUCCGUGGUUCCGGUGUCCCCUGGGAUAUCCGCAAGUCACAGCCUUACGAUGCCUACGGCCAGGUAGAGUUUGAUGUUCCCGUCGGCCAGAACGGUGACUGCUACGAUCGCUACCUGUGCCGUAUGGAGGAGUUCCGCCAGUCGCUCCGCAUCAUCCACCAGUGCCUCAACAAGAUGCCCCCGGGACCCGUGCGCGUCGAGGACUUCAAGAUCUCGCCACCUCCCAGAGCCGCCAUGAAGGAGAACAUGGAGGCUUUGAUCCACCACUUCCUACUAUACACCAAGGGCUACGCCGUGCCGCCGGGUGAGACCUACUCCGCCAUCGAGGCGCCGAAGGGAGAGAUGGGUGUCUACAUUGUUUCGGACGGCUCCGAGAGGCCGUACCGAUGCAAGAUCCGUGCUCCCGGAUUCGCGCAUCUGGGAUGUUUCGACCAGGUCGCCAGGGGUCACUUGUUGGCCGAUGCGGUGGCGAUUAUCGGUACGAUGGAUUUGGUGUUCGGUGAGGUGGAUAGGUAA